UCCCGGACUCUAUUCCGAAUGAUAGGUUGAAAGUUACUCCAUCGAUAUUAUGAAAUGUUUGCUCUCAUUUGGUUUCAACCGCCACGGAGGCUAAAACUGUCUGGAUUUGUGUCAGUUUCAUUACACAUAUAAUAAAUUCAAAAACUGUUUUAGGACAUUGAAAUUACGACUUCUAAUACGACAAACAAGCAGCUGUUUCCUCAGUACAAAUGGAACUUCCGAUGUUGAUGUUUUCUGAAAUAUUCUACGGUGGAUCCAAGACAAAUAAUCUACAGUGGUUUGAAAGGAGAAUCUCUUUUUGAUUUUCCUUCUUCAAAAUGCAUGGACGUCUAUAAUUAAAAUUCCAUAAGGAGUGGAGUUGAAAGUAAGUUGUUUAUGACAUGUUUUAGAUCGUACCUUUUUUCCGGUUUUUCGGUUUUGAAUUAUUUUUUCGGUUUCCAAUAGAACCAAUGCCCCCCACCAAUAAGCAGAUAGCUAAUGGUGAUAUAUAAGUCCAGAUGAGUUUUCACAAACUCAUUAAGUCAUUUCCUUUUCUAAAAUCAUGACGGUUUAUCAAAAUAUCACUGAAGGUGAAGAGGUGGUAGCUUUCGAGCGGUUGUUUUGCUCUCAGGAGUUAACUGCAGGAAUUCACGGCUAUCUGAUAUUUCUUUCGGUGUUCAAUUUCCUACUAGCCAUUUGUUCAUCUCUGGGGAAUAUUCUGAUCUUGAUUGCCCUUCACAAAGAGAAAUCUCUUCACGCACCCUCCAAACUGUUUCUCCGAUCCCUGGCUACCACUGAUCUCCUCGUUGGUGUAAUUUCUGAGCCUCUAACGAUCACCUUCUGGAUAUCCGCGGUGAGAAAGCGAUGGGAUGACUGCUACAACACAUUUUUCGUGGGCAUCAUUGCGGGUUACCUUAUUUGUAGCGUAUCUUUGUCGAUAUUGACUGCAAUAAGCGUGGACAGACUUCUUGCCUUAUCAUUGGGACUGAGAUAUAAACAUAUUGUAACUCUGAACAGGGCACGAGCGAUCGUUCUUGUGGUCUGGAUUUUGUGUACGGUAUGCUCCGUGUUGCACGUACAUAAUGCUCGCAUAACAACUUGGUACAGCCAUAUAUUGAUACCUGUCUGUAUCGUAACCUCAGUUUUGUCUUACACACUGAUUUUCAGGAAACUCCGCCGCCAUGAAAUUCAAGUACGCAGCAACAUUGUCCAGUCUGAGCAGUCAAGCAGCACAAGUUCAGAGCCACUGAACAUUUCUCGAUACAGAAAAGGAGUGUCCGGUGUAAUGUGGCUGCAGUUAGCAGUAGUUUUUUGUUAUCUUCCAUAUGUUAUAACUACAGCUUUGUGGACCUAUAGUGGACGGUCAGUGUCUAUUGCAGUGCUCAGACAAUUUGCAGCGACUUUAGUUCACUCAAAUUCAGCUCUAAACCCGUUCCUUUACUGCUGGAAGAUCAGAGAAGUGAGACAAUCUGUGAAAGAAUUAAUCAGAAAAACGCUUUCUCGUCCAUGAGCUCUAAGGUUGGAAAAAGUCUCCCUCCUCCCUGCUGAACUGAUAAAGGUUUAGGCUUUGGUUAGAGCCCAGCAUACUCCCUCUAAGAAGUGGUCCUUCCCUCUGUAGUAUUUCGUGCUCUGUCACUGCCUCCUUACUACAAUUGAAGAUGCCGUCAUUCGGAGACAAUGGUACAUCCAUUUUAAAAUUCUGGCAUCAAUAUGACGGAUUUGAGCAUGCAGUUACUGAAAAUAACAGAUAAUAUUUCAUGUGUCAUCUCUAUACAUAGUAAACUUGGUGUUAUGUAAUCGAUGCUUUCCAGCUCUUUGUGGCAUUAUUGUGAAGGAGAAUACAAUGUAGUCAAAAAGCAGUUAAAGUUUCGAAAGCUGUGAUAAUUCUUGUAUUUCAAAUUAACUGUAGAUUUUAAUUUUUUUUUUAACCAGGAUAUAGAAGGUUUCAGUUGGAAGAUUUAAAUCAUUACCUUUAUAUGUGAUCAUUACCGAAAAAGGCAUUAUUGAAAAAGUUAAAAAAAAUUUAAUGCAUUUCAAUGAAAGAUAUUUCAAGAUAAGUUACAAGGGAAAUGUCAAGACAAGAAAAAAAAUUGGUUCGAAUAUUUGUUCGUUCUUAAAAAACAAUAGGUUACAGUUCUAUAGCUCUAAAAAUUUUGUUGUUAAUCAAAGGAUAUCUCUAUAUCAUUCCGCGGUUCCCAUCGGGAGUUAAUAAAUCUUGAAACAAUC